AUGGCGGCGCUGAUGGCGCUCCUGCACUGGGACCCACAGGGCGAGAGGCGGAGGCCCCACGCGCGCGUCCGGGUGCUGGGGCUCACGGCCUCCAUCGUGAAGUGCCGGGCGGAGGACCGCGCCCGCUUCGAGCGGGACCGGCAGCGGCUGGUGGACGCGAUGCAGGCGAACAUAGAGGCGUGCGCGGCGCCGCCUCGCGCCCCGCCCACCUUCCGGGAGGUGAGCUGGCCGCUGCCCGGGGAGGACGUCGCGAGGGAGAGGCGCACCCUCGCCGAGGGGCUGGUCAGCCUGGUGCUGGAGCGCGUGGCGGAGCAGGGCGCGAGGUCGAGCGGGAAGACCCUGGGGAAGGUGGUCCGGGCCGCCGGCGUGGUCCUGGAGGAGCUCGGCCGGGAUGCGUUCGUCUUGGCGCUGGAGCACGGCGUCGUCGCCCAGAUCGAGGCCAGGAUCGACGACUGGAAGUGCAUGCCCGAGAGGGAGGCGGCGGCGCGGGCGCUGGAGGGGCGCCUGGGCGGCUGCCGGGCGGCCCUCGAGGAGGCCACGGCGCAGGUGAAGGAGCGGCUCCGGCAGGCCGAGCAGGUGCAGCCCGUCAGCGACAAGGUGAAGGCGCUUGCGCGGGCCCUCCGCGAGACCUGCGACCAGCAGCUGCACGGCAUGGUGUUCGUGUCCGAGGUGAGUCUGGCGGUGCCCCUGGCCAGGCUGCUGCAGGACGAGCUCGGCCUGGCCGUGGAGGUCACCUCGGGCGUGGGGUCCAUGAGGGAGAAGGACCGCAACGACGCCUUCUGGAGGUUCCGGUCGGGCAGAUCCCCCAUCCUCGUGUGCACCGACUGCGCCGAGGAGGGCGUGGACGUCUCGGCCUGCGCCUUCGUGGUCCGCUUCAGCGCCUUCCGCACCUCGAAGGCCCACGUCCAGGGAGCGGGCCGGGCGCGGCUGCCGAGGGCGACUGUCUUCUACAUGCACAACCGCCCCGAGGAGGAGAUCAGGAAGGCCGACCUCAUGCGCGAGGUGGCGGAGGAUGCCUCGCUCCCCGGCCCCCGCGCCACACGCGAGUGCCUGCCGCCCGGCUUCGAGCGCAUCCCUGGGGUGCACCCGCUGGUCUGCCCGCGCACCGGGGCCCAGGUGAACUUUGGGAACGCCCAGAAGCUGCUGCAGGUGUACGUGGCCAAGGUCACCGGGGGCCAGGGCUCGCUGGAGGCCGAGGCCGCACUAGAGGGGGAGGAGGGCGACCUCGCGCCGAUGGUGCCGCUGCUGGUCGGGGCCGCUCGCUCCGGGGCGUCUGGGCUCGUGGUGCCGGGCCCCUGCGGGGGCUGCUUCCUGGCCGAGACGGAGGUCCACAGGUUCUUCGCGGGCGCCGCGGGGGCGCCCGGGCUCCCGGCGCAGCCGAGGCUCCACCUCUGCUACGUGGCCGUGCUGGUCCUGCGCAGCAGGGGCUGGCUGGACGACCACAACUGCGUCCCCGAGGGCGUGGUGCGGCAGACCGCGUGGCCCGUGGAGAUCGGGAGCGUCCCCGUGCUGUCGCUGCGGCCAGGCUGGCGGCCGCUGGGCCUGCUGGGCGCCGACCGGGAGGCGGCGCCGGCCCGGCCGCCCGCACCGCAGGGCGGCGAGAGCAAAAGGAGGCGGCACGCCGCGGGCGGCGCGGAGCAGGCGAAGCUGGAGGCGAUCUGGCUGGACCCGCUCGCCAUCGAGAACACGCAGAAGACGGUGAACAGGACCUUCUCGAACGGGGAGUGCGUCUUUCGACUCAUGGUGGCGCUCGUGCUCGGGACCAGCCGGGCCGCCGAGCUCCCGCCGAUGCGCGUGUCGUUCGACGAGGGAUCGAGACGGUGGUUCUCGGCGGACAACCGCCGGUGCUUUGCGAUGAAGGUCGUGGCGCCCCUCAUCCAGUUGCAGUCAGUUGAGGUUGAUCCGAUCAACUGGACCUCCGAGAUGGGCAACAAGUUGAACCAGAGGACAAUUGUUGGCGACGUUUGGGCCACCACCCAGGAGAGCAUUGAGGCGGUGCGCCAAGAGGUCGCGGCCGCUGCGCAGAGCAUGCCCGAGGGUGCAGAGCACGGCGCCGAGACCGAUCACGAGGCUGCCGAUGCGACCGCAGUUGCCAUGGCCGUACGUGGCAGCCCGCGCAGCGCAGCUGACAUACGUAAGCACGCGGCGCAGGCUCCUGGAACGCCCUCGCGGGACACGGCGGUGGAGCCAGCGAGGGAGCUGGGCGGCAACUGCAGCGGCUGCGGCGGAGGCGACCCUGGCCGCGGCCUCGACGGUGCCCUCCUGGCGCCGCAGGAGAGCUGCCUCUGA